UGCCCGUAUAAAUAUUUCACAAGAAUUGUGUUCCAGCCUUACUUAUUUUCCUGCUAUCAUAAAUCUCUACCACCCACAACUAGACUCUGCUGGAAAUUUCCUGUUUCAUUUCUUUACCUUUCUCAUCUAAUCCUUUGCUGCUUCAACUGUACCUAAUACAGAAGUUCACGUGUUGUAGAAAAGCAUAUGCAGGUUAAAUUUUCGUAUUGGAAAUAUUGGGUUUUUUUGUUUUUAAGGAUUUGGUCUUGAAGAUUGAGCGUAUGCCUGGAAACAAGUACAAUGGUAAUUCUACCCAUAUACCAACUCGUGUGGAACGCCUCUUGCGGGAGAGAGAGCUAAGGGAGCAAAGGAAAAGCAGUAGAGCUUCCCAUUCAAAUGAAGUCAAUGAUAUUCAUAAAGCAGCUGAAAUAUCUGAGAAUGGCCCACGUUUUGGAGAAGGUGACAACUCUAGGGUUGCUUUGGUCGAAAAAUACUUGGAAGAUGCGGCAGCUGCAAGGGCAUUGAUAGAGGGAUGUGAAAGACAAGAUGGAAAGCCUUUCAGGCAGCGACUGUUGGUAGUGGCCAACAGGCUUCCAGUUUCUGCUGUGAGGAGAGGUGAAGACUCGUGGUCACUGGAAAUAAGUGCUGGAGGUCUUGUAACUGCUCUCUUGGGAGUCAAGGAAUUUGAAGCAAGGUGGAUUGGAUGGGCUGGUGUAAACGUUCCAGACGAGAUUGGACAAAAGGCACUUACCAAGGCUUUAGCUGAAAAGAGGUGUAUCCCUGUAUUCCUCGAUGAAGAGAUUGUUCAUCAGUACUACAAUGGUUAUUGCAACAAUAUUUUGUGGCCUCUUUUUCACUACCUUGGACUUCCACAAGAAGAUCGCCUUGCUACCACAAGAAGUUUCCAGUCCCAGUUUGCUGCAUACAAGAAAGCAAAUCAAAUGUUUGCCGAUGUUGUAAAUAUGCACUAUGAAGAGGGGGAUGUCGUCUGGUGCCAUGAUUACCACCUCAUGUAUCUUCCAGAAUGCCUGAAGAAACAUAACACCAAUAUGAAAGUUGGUUGGUUUCUACAUACACCAUUCCCUUCUUCUGAAAUUCAUAGGACACUGCCAUCCAGAUCUGAGCUUUUGCGUUCAGUUCUUGCUGCUGACUUGGUUGGUUUUCAUACCUAUGACUAUGCCAGGCAUUUUGUUAGCGCGUGUACUCGAAUUCUUGGAUUUGAGGGGACACCUGAAGGAGUUGAGGAUCAAGGGAGGCUGACCCGUGUUGCUGCGUUUCCUAUUGGGAUAGACUCAGAGCGUUUCAUUCGCGCACUUGAGCUUCCUAAGGUCCAGGAACACAUAAAAGACUUGAAAGAAAGGUUUUCUGGCCGUAAGGUAAUGCUUGGUGUUGAUCGUCUUGAUAUGAUUAAAGGAAUUCCCCAAAAGAUAUUGGCAUUUGAAAAGUUCCUUGAGGAAAAUCCUUACUGGGGCGAUAAAGUUGUUUUACUGCAAAUUGCAGUGCCAACGAGAACUGAUGUUCCUGAAUACCAGAAACUUACAAGCCAAGUUCAUGAAAUUGUUGGGCGUAUUAAUGGUCGGUUUGGAUCAUUGACUGCAGUACCAAUUCAUCACCUGGAUCGUUCUCUCGACUUUCUUGCGCUAUGUGCAUUAUACGCUGUUACUGAUGUUGCGCUAGUCACGUCCUUAAGGGAUGGCAUGAACCUUGUCAGCUAUGAGUUUGUUGCUUGCCAGGAUGCAAAGAAAGGGGUUCUCGUUCUCAGUGAAUUUGCUGGUGCUGCACAAUCUCUUGGUGCUGGAGCAAUUCUAGUAAAUCCUUGGAAUAUCUCUGAAGUGGCUGCUUCUAUUAGCCAGGCUCUGAACAUGUCAGCUGAAGAAAGGGAGAAGCGACAUCAGCACAAUUUCCAUCAUGUGACAUCGCACACUGCUCAAGAAUGGGCUGAAACAUUUGUAAGUGAACUGAAUGAUACUGUUGUUGAAGCAAAACUAAGGACAAGCAAAAAGCCUCCUGAGCUUCCUCAAAAUGAUGCAGUGGAACGUUACUUGCAGUCUAGCAACCGAUUGCUGAUACUGGGUCUUAAUGCAACAUUAACCGAACCAGUGGAUACUCCUGGGAGUAGAGGUGAUCAAUUCAAAGAAAUGGACCUUAAAUUGCACCCCCAUUUAAAAGAGCCCUUAACGGCUCUUUGUAAUGAUCCAAAGACAACGAUAGUUGUCCUUAGUGGGAGCAAGAGAGAUGUCUUGGAUGAGGACUUUGGGGAGUAUGACAUGUGGUUGGCUGCGGAAAAUGGGAUGUUUCUACGUCAUACAAAGGGAGAUUGGAUGACAACCAUGCCAGAACACUUGAAUAUGGAAUGGGUUGAUAGUGUGACGCAUGUUUUCGAGUAUUUCAGAGACAGAACACCAAGAUCACAUUUCGAUUUCCGUGAGACGUCACUUGUAUGGAAUUACAAGUAUGCAGAUGUCGAAUUUGGAAGACUUCAGGCAAGAGAUAUGCUGCAGCAUCUCUGGACCGGCCCAAUUUCUAAUGCAUCUCUUGAUGUUGUUCAGGGAAGUCGAUCAGUUGAAGUGCGACCAGUUGGUGUUACAAAGGGGGCAGCUAUCGAUCGUAUUUUGGGAGAGAUAGUUCACAAGAAAUCGAUGAUGACGCCAAUUGAUUAUGUCCUUUGUGUUGGACAUUUCCUGCAGAAGGACGAAGAUGUUUAUACGUUUUUUGAGCCGGAGCUGCCUUCUGAUGCAAUAAGUGCGCCAAGAAGCAAGCCACCAAAUGAUGGAUCAAGGUUACCUACAGAGAGAAAGGUUCCUUCGAAGCUUCCGGCAAACAAAAAUGGGGCAAAAUCAUCGCAGACAAAGACGCUCUGUCCAUCUCCUGCCCCUGAUAGAAGAAUCAGCAAUAAUAACCAUAGUGGUGGGAACGUACGACGUGCAUCACCGGAAAAGGAAAAGAUGGCCUGGAGCGUGCUUGAUCUCAAAGGAGAUAACUACUUCUCCUGUGCCGUUGGACGGACUCGUACAAGUGCUCGAUAUAUGCUUGGUUCAUCUGAUUAUGUGGUCGCAUUUCUGAACAGACUAGGAAAUGGCUCUUGAUCAUGCGCAAUAAUCCAUCUCUCUGGCAUGACCGGAAACUGACAGAACACAACAAACUAAAAGCGUAUUUUAAUGUUCGAGACAGAUAGACCGCUGUUUAUUGGCCCUUCUUCCAUCGAUUCUCCCAUCCUUCCGAGAGCAAACUCAAGUUUUCGGCACAUGAAUAAACCGCCGCAUAGUUUGUAUUGGUCUCUCUAUAUAUAUUAGGAAGGAAAACAAUAUACGGCGACAAAAUUUUGGCUUCAUUGUUGCAGCCAUUUUUACAACAGCUACAAUUGCUUUUACACCUGUAUGAAUGUUAAAAAUUAUGGUUUCAGUUUCUCUUCA